ACACAAGGGAAAGUUAGUAGCUUUUAGUAGUUUCACAAGACUGCUCCGUGUUAUUGACCUAUGUCCAGGAAAUUAUCCUUAUCAUUUGCUUAUCGCGUCUUGCCUUCUCGCAUGCUGUUCUUUGGUUCUCGAAACGGCACCGGUCUGUGCGUUUUGUGUACUUCAACUCGUUGAAUACCAGCACCCUUCCCUCUGUGAGGAGUGCUCAGUGUUCAAGGUUCAGGAAGAUAACGAGAGGUGAGUGGCUGACGCACAGCUCGUGUUGUGUUACCAAAGGCUCAUAUCAGAUUACAGUAUACAGCAGCUUGGGUGAAACCGUAGCUGUGUUCAGACCGCUGUUGCUCGAACAAACCAGGAACUGGGACUAACAAAGGAGUUUUAAAGAAGUCAAAUAAGCUAACAGAGGGCUUCCUGUUUUAAGAAGAGCGUUACCAUGGGUAAGAAGACACAACACUGUCUGCUGCUUUUGCUGUGUUUCUCUGGGCUUGUUCACUAUUCAGCAGCCUUGGUGUUUUGGACAGCCAUAAUGGAAAUAAGGUAUGAUAACAGCAACCAUACGCCUGAAGACAAAUACUGUGACUGUGGGGUGUAUGGUCGUAACUCUCCCGUGGAGGAAGUCUCCGGCAUUGUUACACUUCCCAUGGGAGACCCCAGAGGCUGUGGCUCAGACCCUGUCUACAACCGCAAUUUCAGCUCCCCUCCUUGGAUAGCCCUGGUAAAAAGGGGCAACUGCACUUUCAGUGAGAAGAUCAAUGCUGCCCAGCGACAAGGAGCAACUGGUGUGGUGGUGUAUAAUGUGGAUGGCAGUGGCAACAGCACCACUCACAUGUCACACCCAGACGCAGAUGAUGUUGUGGCUGUCAUGAUUGGCAACUCUCAGGGCAUGGAGAUUGCCAAGUUGGUGAGGAAUGGGACACAGGUGCUGAUGCGUAUUGCUGUAGGCAGCCCCCAUGGACCCUGGAUGGACACAUACUGGCUUUACUUCCUGUCCAUCGCCUUCUUCAUUGUGACGGCAGCCUCCAUCGCCUACUUUGUGUUUAUCUCUGCCAAUCGUAUCUACAGUCUGAGUAUGCAUCGGCGCAAUGAGAGGAAGCUGAAAUCUGAGGCUAAGAAGGCGAUCAGGCGGCUGCAAGUACGCAAACUCAAGACAGGGGAUGAGGAAACUACGUCUGAGUCCCAUGUGUGUGCCGUGUGUAUUGACUCCUACAAGGCAGGGGAAGUGGUGACAGUGCUGACCUGUGACCACAUCUUUCACAAAGCCUGCAUCGAGCCCUGGCUGCUGGAGAGGAGGACCUGCCCCAUGUGUAAGUGUGACAUCCUGAAGGCCCUGGGGGUUGAGGAGGAAACAAAAGAGAACCUUUCUGCUGAGUCACCACCAGAUGUCACUGUGAUCACAGUGACAGGAGGAGAACCCCUGUACGAAGUCCCACUGACUGACCCAGCGAGCCCUCACCCAGAGAGACAGCAGCAUCUCUAUGACAACAGGGCCUUCCAGGGAGACUCCGAGGCUGGGAGAAGAUGAACAACAGCAACGGAAACCAAGCAGCAGCAAACCAGGACACAGGUCAAAAUUCCCUGUUUGAAAUAGAUUCAAUAGAUGUAUCAUCAUAUUUUUCUGGGAUACACUGAACCAGCACAAUGGAAUCAAACCUUAAUGCUCCAACAGGAUAAAUGAUGUUCAUCCUGUAAUGCAGGCAUGCUAAAAUAGAUUUUCAAAAGAAAUUCCAAGGAUUUACAAUGUUUAUGGCCCUUGUGUAAUUUGCUUGGAUGACACUGCAUUUUCUUUGUGUCGGUCUUGGUGCAAGUGUGUAAAUACUGGGUGUGUUCAUAAAGUGUCCUUUGGAUGGCUAGAAUAGAUUCGUCGGUGUCAAAUUUCUGCUUUGAUUAGUAAACACAUGCUCCAUACUGGUCAGGAAGAAAGUGCAGUAGAGCAUUUGAAUAUCUGUUUGUCAUUGCGGCCAAUUUUCCUCCAACAACAAUCGCAUCGCAUUGCUCACACUCCCUCACAGUUGACCAUUGUCUUUUAAAAUCCAAGGAUAUUUGUUUCUCUUAAUUCAAUUCAUUUGAAUAAUUAGACAUUUUCUGCUCUUUUUCAAUUGGAGUGUACAUAUUGUUUUCCCAUUUUAAUUUUCAGGCUGGAUUUGGAAACACACCCUUAUGAACACACCCUUUACAGGAAAUGCAGUAUGACACAUUGAUGAGGAUUGUUGAGUGAAUAACAUCACCUGACAGAGUGGCUGUGACUCUUAAGAAAAUGGUUCGUAGAAACAUGUUUGCUACGUAUCAAAUAAGAAUUUUCAAGUCCUUUUAAAAUUGGUUGGCCUCUAGCUACUUUUGAGAAUGUGGCAAGCAAUAAGUGUCAUAAGAACUGUAGAUAAUAUGCCUCUUGUGUAUCUUGACUGUUGGAUAGGGGAAAAUUAUCUUUAUUUGUAAUGGAUUUUUAAAUUAUAUAUAUUGAGAUUUAUUUUCAAACAUUACAAAUCU